AUGGAGCCUGUGCCGGGGCGCCAGAGCCCCAGCACCUGCCGUGUUUCACCCAGGGGCUUAUUAGCAGAGUUUCUGGGGGCGGUUCCAGUGGAGCAGCACAAGGAGGAGGAGGUGACUGCAGUGUCUGACGAUGUGAAAGCCGAGGCCAUGGCCAACCUGAACAAACUUGUCCGCAACAGAAGGAACGUCCCCGUCUUGGCUCUGCCCCAGUUAAAACGCCUGCCGGACUUCUGGGGAUGGUACAAGUACUUCAUGGACAGCCACAACCAGGAGGGAGUUGAAGAUCUGGAUCGUCUGUACAUGGCCUACCUGCAGAACAAGCAUAGGGCAGAGGAGGGGCCCACCUUCAACCACUACCUCAAGCACCUCAGCGAAAUCUACAAAGCCUGUGCUGAUUCUGAUGAUCCAGAGUGCAUUGCAGAGUCCACCAGCAAGCCAAAGGCUGCAGUGGUGAUGCCCGCCCCCAUCAAGUCUGCUGCCGUCAGGAUGUGCAACCCCUACAUUGACCCCUACUGCCUCUUCCCCCUCCUCCCCAAGGCUGCUGCCCCAGAGCCUGAGCCAGCCCCAGCCAAGGUACCAGCUCCCAUCCUCACCCCGCUGCUGCCCAUGCCCAUGAAGAGCCCCACUGGCUUCUACUACUAUGCCCCCGUCCUGGAGCCCUUCCUGAGUGCCGAGCAGAAGGCUGAGCUGCUGAGGAUCUGCAACGCUGAAGAUGUAGAGUGCCUGCAGUACCACCUGAGGGCGGCUUAUGGCUACCGCCCAGCUCCUGGCCCAGCACCAUCCUAUUCUGCCCUCAAGUGUGACCCCAAGGACCCCUACUGCAAGCCAAUCCUGGUCCAGAAGGCCCUCACUGGCUUCUACCACCUGCUCUACCCCACCUGUGACCCAGCAGUCGAUCCUCUGUGUGUGACCAAUGUCGCUGCUCCUGCUCCCCUCGCUGCUGAGGAGGCUCCUAAAGAGCAACAGUGCAACCCUCUGUUUGAUGCUGGCUGCAACCCCCUGACUGCCACCAAGCUGUCUGGCCUCACCAAGCCAGUCCUGGAGUACUCCCCCAAGGAUGAGCCUGCACCUCCUGCUGCUCCUCUGUCCUGUGACCCUCGCUAUGAUCCAUUCUGCAUACUGGCAGCCGCCGCUGCCCUGCGCAAGCCCCCCCCGCAGAUCCCCGAGCACCAGGUCCGCUACAAGCUCGGCGUCCUCGGCAAGACCAAGGAGGGCCACGACUGCUAUGUGCACUAUGACAAAGACUGCACCCCGGUGAAGUCUGGCCCUGAGGCCAAGGCUGACAUCAAGGCCCCAGCCAAGCCCUUCUGCCAUCCAUUCGACCCCAACUGCGGCAAAUUUGCAUCACCGUCUGGCGCUGAGGCCCUGAAGCCCGGCACGGAUGGCAUAAUCCUGCCUGACCCCAACUGCGACCCAGAGUAUGACUACAACUGCCGCCUGCGUCGUGCUGAGCCCGCUGCUGCUGCUGAUGAGCCCGCCGCUGCUGAGGAGAAAGCCGCUGAUGAACCCGCCAAGCAGGCUGCGGUCCCACACUCUGCAGUACCACGCUUUGAUGACUUCCUCAGGGGCAUCAUGAGUCAGUACAAGUAG